AUGGGCUGCGGCGCCUCGAAGUCUCCCGCCGUGGCGUACGCGAACGGGAAGCCGACGUUCAAGGGCGACGAGGUGGUGAAGGGGUUCAACGAGGGCAACGGCCUCCUCUUCCGCAUCGUGAACAACAAGAAGAAGCAGUGGGCGUACUACAACGACACCACCGAGUACGAGAUGCACGUGAAGGUGACCUUCGGCGAGGACUGCGACAUCAAGGCCCUCGGCAAGACGCACCUGGAGAAGCUGGACUCGGGCGAGUACCUGGCGAACGUCGUCGUGUACCCGUGCGAGACGGAGAUGUUCAUCGAGGGCCGCGUGAAUGGCUUCAAGGUGAGGAUGGACGCCCUCCCCCUCUCCGAGGAGUACAGGCGACAACACACGCAAAGGAGCAGCAACUGUUGUUCCUAG